AAGACUAUUUCAGACUCCAUAUUGCACAUUUCGUUAAAGGAGGGAUGAGCUUGGAGUCCCCAAGCUCAGUGUGGCCAUAUUAUGUGGAAAUGAAAAAUCCCACAUUCUCUCCUCUUGGAGCUGUUUCUAAGAAACUGUGGCUUAAACUAAAGGGCAAGAUCCAUGCAGCGGCACUGCUGUACCAAGACCUUCAAGUCCCGUUCCUGAAAUUACACUUUUACCUUCUUCCUAAUGACCCUUCCUUAAGAAUGGCUGUCCAUGAGCAUGAACUGAAGUAUAAUACACAGAGAAUUCGAAAACCGCCUGAGACCAAAAAGGCUCUGACUAUUGGAUCCAAUUUUGUUCUGAAAAACACAUCUGGUUUCACCAUCUGUCCAGAAGACUUGCAGUUUAAAUACCUGCCUGCAGACAUGGAGCAGCAGUACCUUGAAUUGUCUGCAGAUGACAUGAAGAAGACACUUCAGCUUUCCUUGAUUGAAAAGUCCUCACAUGCAAAAGUCUGGGUGGCCUCCAUAAGAAAAGAAGAAUUGAACUGUACUGUUUUACAUCCCACGGAAGAGGUGCCAACACCAGACCUGAUGAGCCACCAAAAGGCAGUGACCCCUGGUGACCACCUUCUGGACAUCUUGGAGAACUUGAAGGAGGAGGAUUUCAGGAGGUUUAAGAGGAAACUCAGUGAAAUCCCAGUCAGGAAAGGCUAUAACAACAUCCCCAAAGGGCGGCUGGAGAAGGCAGACGUGCUGGAACUGUUUGAGCUCCUGUGCAGAUACUACACUGAGAAUUAUGCUACAGAGGUGGCAGCCAGGGUGCUGGAGAAGAUUAACAUCAAAGACCAGGCAGAGAAGCUCUGGAAACUCACUGAGAUGCCCCCACAUCUGCCCAAGAACACCUAG